CUCCCGGCUCCCGGUGCCCUGCGCGGAGCUGUUCCUCAAACGACGCGCAGCCGAGGACUGUGGGUGAGGACGUGGGAGGCAGUGUCGUCGGAUCCGCCCGCAGUCCGCAGCUCCACUGAGCCCGGAGGCCGCCGGGAUGGAGCCGCGGCUCCCGGUCGGAGCCCAGCCCCUUGCCUGCCUGCAUACUAUCGAGGGUAUGGAGCUGAAGGGUACUCUCCGGGAGCCCUGCGCCCUGACGCUAGCCCAAAGGAACGGUCAAUAUGAGUUAAUAAUCCAGUUGCGUGAGAAGGAACAGCUUGUUCAAGAUAUCAUUCCUAUAAAUAGCCACUUCAGAUGUGUUCAAGAAGCAGAAGAAACUCUUUUGAUUGAUAUAGCUUCAAACAGUGGCUGCAAAAUUCGGAUUCAGGGGGACCGGACCAGAGAGCGGCGCUUUGAAAUCCCUGAUGAGGAACACUGUUUGAAGUUCCUCUCAGAGGUCCUUGCUGCUCAAGAAGCUCAGUCACACAUUCUUGUUCCAGAGCAAAAGGACUCAUCUAGCUGGUAUCAGAAAUUAGACACUAAGGACAAGCCGCCUGUUUUUUCAGGGCUUCUUGGAUUUGAGGAUAAUUUUUCAUCUAUGAAUUUGGACAAGAAAAUUAAUUCACAAAAUCAUCCUACAGGGAUUCAUCGGGAACCCCCACCCCCACCCCCUUCAGUGAAUAGAAUGCUUCCACGUGACAAAGAAGCUUCUAACAAGGAACAGCCCAAAGUGACCAACACCAUGCGGAAACUCUUUGUGCCAAAUACCCAGGCUGGGCAGCGGGAGGGUCUCAUCAAACAUAUCCUGGCAAAGCGAGAGAAAGAAUAUGUCAACAUUCAGAAUUUCAGAUUUUUUGUUGGAACGUGGAACGUGAAUGGCCAGUCCCCCGAUAGUGAGUUGGAACCUUGGCUGAACUGUGAUUCAAAUCCUCCUGAUAUCUACUGCAUUGGAUUCCAAGAGCUGGACUUGAGCACAGAAGCCUUUUUCUACUUUGAAUCUGUGAAAGAACAAGAGUGGUCCAUGGCUGUGGAGAGGGGUUUGCAUUCUAAAGCCAAGUAUAAGAAAGUUCAACUAGUCCGCCUUGUUGGGAUGAUGCUCCUCAUAUUUGCUAGAAAGGACCAGUGGCGCUAUAUCCGUGAUGUUGCUACAGAAACAGUUGGAACUGGAAUCAUGGGGAAAAUGGGAAACAAAGGUGGGGUAGCUGUGAGAUUUGUAUUUCACAACACUACCUUUUGCAUUGUCAAUUCCCACCUGGCUGCCCACGUCGAGGACUUUGAGAGAAGGAAUCAAGAUUAUAAGGACAUCUGUGCACGCAUGAGUUUUGUGGUCCCAAAUCAGACCCUCCCACAGCUGAACAUCAUGAAACACGAUGUUGUCAUCUGGUUGGGAGAUUUGAACUAUAGACUUUGUAUGCCUGAUGCCAAUGAAGUGAAGAGUCUUAUUAACAAGAAUGACCUUCAGAGACUCUUGAAAUUUGACCAGCUAAAUAUUCAACGCACACAGAAAAAAGCUUUUGCUGACUUCACCGAAGGUGAAAUCAAGUUUAUCCCCACUUAUAAGUAUGACUCUAAAACAGACCGAUGGGAUUCCAGUGGGAAAUGUCGGGUUCCAGCCUGGUGUGACCGGAUUCUUUGGAGAGGAACAAAUGUUAAUCAGCUUCAUUACCGGAGUCACAUGGAACUAAAAACCAGUGACCACAAGCCUGUUAGCGCCCUCUUCCAUAUUGGGGUAAAGGUUGUGGAUGAACGGAGGUAUCGGAAAGUGUUUGAAGAUAUUGUACGCAUUAUGGACAGGAUGGAAAAUGACUUCCUUCCUUCCUUAGAACUCAGCAGGAGGGAGUUUGUGUUUGAGAAUGUGAAGUUUCGGCAACUACAAAAGGAGAAGUUCCAGAUCAGCAACAAUGGACAGGUUCCCUGCCAUUUUUCUUUCAUCCCUAAACUUAAUGACAGCCAGUACUGCAAGCCAUGGCUUCGGGCUGAACCUUUUGAGGGCUACUUGGAGCCAAAUGAGACAGUGGACAUUUCCCUUGAUGUGUAUGUCAGCAAAGACUCUGUGACCAUCCUGAAUUCAGGGGAAGAUAAGAUUGAAGAUAUUCUAGUCCUUCACCUGGAUCGAGGCAAAGAUUACUUCUUGACCAUUAGUGGAAAUUACCUCCCAAGUUGUUUUGGUACAUCCUUAGAGGCUUUGUGCCGAAUGAAAAGACCAAUCCGGGAAGUUCCUGUCACCAAACUCAUAGACUUGGAGAAAUCCCUUCUGCAGAUGGUUCCCUUGGAUGAAGGUGCCAGUGAGAGACCCCUUCAGGUCCCCAAGGAGAUCUGGCUUCUGGUAGAUCACUUAUUCAAGCAUGCCUGUCACCAGGAGGACCUGUUCCAAACCCCUGGAAUGCAGGAGGAGUUACAGCAGAUCAUUGAUUGUCUGGAUACUAGCAUUCCCGAGACAAUCCCUGGCAGUAAUCACUCUGUGGCUGAAGCACUGCUCAUUUUCCUGGAAGCCCUGCCAGAGCCCGUCAUCUGUUAUGAGCUGUAUCAGCGAUGCCUUGACUCUGCUCAGGAUCCCCAGAACUGCCGACAGGUGAUUUCCCAGCUUCCAAGAUGCCAUAGAAAUGUUUUCCAUUACUUGAUGGCAUUCCUUCGAGAACUCUUAAAAUUCUCUAAAUACAACAAUGUCAGCGAAAACAUGAUCGCCACUCUCUUCACUAGUCUUCUCCUAAGGCCUCCACCCAACCUUAUGGCAAGACAGACUCCAAGUGACCGUCAGCGUGCUAUCCAGUUCCUUCUGGGGUUUCUUGAGAGCGAUGAAGACUAAUAAGCCUUUUCUUCUUAUUACUCUCUGAGAUUCUAGAGGCGGAAGAUCUUGGGCACCAAGUAUUUCAGAAUGAUUUGAAAAGUCAUGCCACAGGAAGGGUCUGUUGCAGAAUUUUGAGGCUGUUGGCAUGAAAAGGUUGUUUCUAGUGCAAGAGGAAGAGAGUUUCCUAAUCCCUCCCUUACCAUAUCCUACACAGCAAAAUACUUUUAGACUUACAUUGCCAAGCCAAAGGUACCAUAUUUUGGUGUUUUUGUGUUCUCUUUAUAAGGCAAAGAGAUCUGUAUUUACACCCCUUUACCUGGGGAUGUGUUCGUUGCCCUCCUGCCCAGCUACCAUGAUUGUCCUUAGCACCCUAGGCCUAGAUUCUGAGAUGUUCCUGUUCCAGGUCUACAAGCACUACAUGCCAUAGCUCAGACUUGUCUGUAGUCCUUCGUCUAAAGCACUUUUACCCGACCCCCCCCCCAUAUCACCCCUUUGCACUCCACUCCACUAGUUCUAUUAUGUCAAAAGAAGUCUGAGUGAAGCUAGUGACUCCUCGGAUGUCCCUAGCAGUGAGUUAACCAUCUACAUGUGGUUGUGACAUGCAUUUGUGCAUUUCUACUACAGUGGCAUCUGUAUGUCUGUAACAUUGGCCUUUUCCUGGAUCCGCACUGGGUGGAACCAUAUUCUCUUGUCUCAGACCACAUUUACUAGCAGAACUUUAGCCUAGAGAUGACAUCCCAUUGAUGUGAGAGAAUCACCAUCAGAGUGGAAGCACUUUGAGCAUUUCAGAAGUGAGAAUAUUCAUGUUUGACAGGUCCUGCUUUCUACCAUCCCUUUCUGUUCUUAAUCAAAUUUUACAUGAGAAUUAAUCCUGGUUGUC